CGCUCCGUCCCCCGGGGCUGCGGAGGAGAAACUUUCUGACGGACGCUCGGCGCCGGGUGGGGGCCGGGGGCGCACCGGGACCGCGCAGCCUCCGAGCCUUUCGCCGAAGAGUUCAGCCUCCCAAACGUGUGUGUGAAAGGACAUUUCAAAGAUGGUUUGGCUGCCAUUGAGACCUGGAGAUCUGAUGCCACAAUGAGGACUCACACACGGGGAGCCCCAAGUGUGUUUUUCAUACACGCGGUUUGCUUCGCCUUUGCCUGCGGCGCCAGGGAGGACCAAGACACGAUGGUUCCUUUUGUCAACGCCAACUAUGACAGCUAUCCCAUGCUCUACUUCUCCAAGGGGGACGUGGAGACCCUGCGGCUCCAGGCCAGCACCACGCACCAGCACAUUGCGGCUCGGCUGAUGGAAGCAGUGCAAACCAUGCUGUCAAAUCCCCUGGAGUACCUUCCUCCCUGGGACCCAAAGGAGUUCAGCGCUCGCUGGAAUGAAAUUUAUGGCAACAACCUCGGGGCCCUGGCAAUGUUUUGUGUGCUCUUCCCUGAAAACAUGGAGGCCAUCAACAUGGCUAAGGAUUACAUGGAGAGGAUGGCAGCUCAGCCUAGUUGGCUAGUGAAGGAUGCCCCCUGGGAUGAAGUCCCUCUUGCUCACUCCUUGGUUGGUUUUGCCACUGCUUAUGACUUCUUGUACAGCUACCUUAGCAAGAUUCAACAGGAGAGAUUUCUUGAAGUAAUUGCCAAUGCCUCGGGAUACAUGUACGAAACAUCAUACCGACGUGGAUGGGGCUUCCAGUACCUUCACAACCACCAGCCUACCAACUGUGUGGCCCUGCUGGCUGGAAGCCUGGUCCUUAUGAAUCAAGGCUACCUUCAGGAAGCUUACUUGUGGACCAAGCAAGUGUUGGCAAUCAUGGAGAAGUCAGUAGUCCUGCUGCAGGAGGUCACAGAUGGCUCCCUCUAUGAAGGGGUGGCUUAUGGCAGCUACACAACCAGAUCACUGUUCCAGUACAUGUUUCUUGUCCAAAGGCAUUUUGACAUCAAUCACUUCAGCCACCCCUGGCUCAAGCAGCACUUUGCAUUUAUGUACAGGACUGUCCUGCCUGGGUUCCAGAGAACUGUGGCCAUCGCAGAUUCCAACUAUAACUGGUUCUACGGGCCGGAGAGCCAGCUGGUGUUUCUCGACAAGUUUGUCAUGCGCAAUGGCAGCGGGAACUGGCUGGCAGAGCAGAUCAGAAGGAACCGAGUGGUGGAGGGGCCAGGCACACCAUCCAAAGGGCAGAGGUGGUGCACUCUCCACACUGAAUUUCUCUGGUAUGAUGCAAGUUUGCGCUCUGUACCUCCACCAGACUAUGGAGUUCCUAAGCUACAUUAUUUUGAGGACUGGGGAGUGGUGACUUAUGGAAGUGCUUUGCCAGCUGAAAUCAACAGGCCUUUCCUUUCCUUCAAGUCAGGAAAGCUGGGAGGACGUGCAAUAUAUGAUAUUGUUCAUAAGAACAAGUACAAAGAGUGGAUCAAGGGGUGGAGGAACUUUAAUGCUGGCCACGAACACCCAGACCAGAACUCCUUCACUUUUGCUCCCAAUGGUGUACCUUUCAUAACAGAAGCUCUGUAUGGACCAAAAUAUACUUUUUUUAAUAAUGUGUUGAUGUUUUCCCCUGCUGUGUCUAAGAGCUGCUUCUCCCCAUGGGAAGGGCAGAUUACAGAAGACUGUUCCUCAAAGUGGCUUAAAUAUAAACAUGACUUGGCUGGCGACUGUCAGGGACGAGUGGUUGCUGCCACGGAGAGAAGCGGGGUGGUUUUUAUCAGGGGAGAAGGAGUGGGUGCAUACAAUCCUAAACUGAAGCUGAGAAAAUUGCAGCGAAACCUCAUACUUCUCCAUCCCCAGCUUCUCUUGCUAGUGGACCAAAUCCACCUAGAAGAUGACAGCCCUCUGGAGGCAGCAACCAGUUUCUUCCACAAUGUGGAUGUGCCUUUUGAAGAAACAGUUGUUGAUGAUGUCCACGGGGCCUUUAUUAGGCACCGUGAUGGGAUAUAUAAGAUGUACUGGAUGGACGACACUGGCCACAGUGAGAAAGCCACCAUUGCCUCGAGGAUGUAUCCCCGGGGCUACCCCUACAAUGGAACAAACUACGUGAAUGUAACGACCCUGCUGCGGCACCCCGUCACGAGGGCCAUCUACCUUUUCAUAGGGCCCUCUGUGGACGUGCAGAGCUUCACCGUGCGUGGAGAUUCCCCACAGCUGGAUGUGUUUGUGACCACUGGUGAGCACGCCUACGCCGUGUACCUGUGGCCCGUCGAGGAUGGCUCCCGCUCCGCCUUUGCACAGGUUAUUGCAGACCGCCAGAAAAUUGUCUUUGACCGAGCCUCUGCCAUCAGGAGCUCCACAGUGCCAGAGGUGAAGGACUACGUAGGCAUCGUGGAGAGGAACCUGCAACAUUUUAAGCCCGUCUUCCAGCAGCUUGAGAAGCAGAUCCUGUCUCGUGUACGCAACACGGCCAGCUUUAGGAAGACUGCUGAGCGCCUGCUGAGGUUUUCAGAUAAGAGGCAGACAGAGGAGGCCAUUGACAGGAUAUUUGCAAUCUCACAGAGGCAGCAGCAGCAGCAGCGUGGCAGAGCAAAGAAAAACAGAAAGGUAGCCAAAGGCUACAAAUUUGUUGAUGCCGUUCCUGACAUUUUUGCACAGAUUGAGGUAAACGAAAGAAAAGUGCGACAAAAGGCACAGACUCAAGCACAAAAAGAGUUGCCUGUAGAUGAAGAUGAGGAAAUGAAAGAUCUUCUGGACUUUGCAGAUAUCACUUAUGUGAAGCACAAAACUGGGAUGUCAAUCAAAGGCCGAUCAGGGCUGGCACAGAUGGUGGCAACUGCUCGAAGUGCCCCAUCAAUAUCAGCUUCUUAUACUCGCCUCUUUCUAAUUCUCAACAUUGCUAUUUUUUUUGUCAUGCUAGCAAUGCAGCUCACUUAUUUCCAGAAGGCCAAGAGACUGCAUGGCCAAAGAUGUCUGUAUGCAAUACUUUUAGUAGACAGCUGUAUAUUAUUGUGGCUGUAUUCUUCCUGUUCUCAGUCACAAUGUUAGCAGAAGACCUCUACUAGUUGACCAGUUUAUGGUCAUAUAUGUCUAUGCAAAAACAUUAACCCUAAUAGGGCCAAAGUUUAUAUCUUCUCUUUUUUUUUCUCUUUUUUUUUUUUUCUGAAACAUUCCAAAAACAUCUGGGGAAACAUUGUUUUCAGACCAGAAUAGAUUAAAUAAUUAAAUAAUAGGGCAAGCAAUUAAUAUCUCAGGAGUACUGAAUAAGUACUCCUCCUUUGUGUUUUGAGUUGGGCCUCAUGUCUGAGGGAAUGUUGUGCUUUGUUCAUCAGAGUUCAGUAGUGUAAAGUCGUAAUUAAUUUUUUGGUGAGAUGAGCCCUCUUGAUUAGGUUUGUUUCUAAGGUCUUUUUUUAUACAGAAUUUGAUUUGCAUGUAGUGAGUUUUCAUUUCAGGCUGCUAGGGAUGUCUCUGGACAUUCUCCUAAGACGAGGACAUUCAAACAUACAUAUACAAGGCAGAUCUUAGCAGCAGACUUCAUUUCUGUCUGCCAAACCAAAGAAUGGCUCGUUAUGGGACACCCCUCUAUCAUUAUUGCAGACCCUUAUAUUGUCCUAUCUCUUCCAUGCUUUACAAUCAGGCACAGUGGAAAAUGACAAUCAUGUCAGUGCUUGCCAAGUGAGGGACACAUCACUAGUAGGCAGUAGUACAAGGCAAAUAUGGGUUUAACUCAAAGUAGAACAGAAUGCAAUUCUCAGGAAAAUAAAACCAUUUCUAUUUUAGCCAAGUGUAGGCUGUAGAAUGCUGAAUUCUGUAGGGUCUUUUCUCCAUUUUACAAGGCAGGGUUUCAAGAAAAUUUUCUAUAGUUUGAAGCACAUCUUAGUAGGGAAAUAAUGUCCUAGAUCACUGCCCUUCCUUAUGUAAUUUUAAAAAUACAAAGAACCAAAGCAAUCCUGUGGUAACCUCAGUAACUGCCAGUAUGGAAAAGUAUGUAUCAAGCAAGUAUUUAAUGUAUUUUUUUUCUUUCAAAUGUCUAGAAAGAGGACAGUUAAAAUUUUGUGAACAGCCUGUUCUCUAUAAAGCACCAGCAAGAGUUCUCCAAGCUCUUGGUGGCCCCAGGUCAAUUAUUUGGGGAUUAGUGGUAAAUGGAAUCAUGUGGUUUAUGACAAAAAUAAGUUUGACAUCUCCACAUAUAUUCCCCUCUGUUCAUUAAACUAAUUUCAAAAACUCAUAGCUAUUUGAGAGAAUGGAAACUGUGGAAUUGAGGCAUACCUGUAUGUCUUUACAGAAAAACAAUUCUUCAGUACAUUUGCUAAAUAAAAGCAUUAUAAUUAUCUCUGUGGAAAAGUUUGUUUUGUUUUGUUUAAAUAUUUUUCCUGAUAAUUACAGUAAUAAUGUUCAUCAGUACUUGGUUCAAACCACAAACCUUUGCUUCCUCUUCUUUACACCAUUUAGAUGUAUGUUAUCUACAGUACUCCUGUUAAGCCUUCUGCACGUUUGUGUUUGGAAAUGUGAUGAGCUUUCCUUGUCUAAACAUCUUCAGUGAAUAGGUCAGAAUAUUUUCACUAAGUUCUGAGUCAGUUCAGAGCACUGUAUUCACAUAAAUAAAAACCCUACUGCAGUCUCCAAUGCCUGGAUUUAUUCAAUGAAAUUGGCUACAUUUUAUCUGAGCAAAGAUUUAGGCACCCAGGUAAUUUCUGAUCCAUGCAUAGUCUCUGGAUUAUGAGAGCCUUCAGACAGUAACUCAGCUCACCAAAGGCUUUGGAACACCUUCAAGACAUACUUUCCCCUUUUCCCCAAUUGCAAAGUGUGGGGUGGAUGAUUGUCUAUUUCAACUCACUCGCUUUGUUUCUUAAGGCAAAGGGAGCUGAGCCUGGGGACUAUCACCCAUACAGCUCCAGUCGUACCUGCUGAAAGCAACUAAACUGUGACAGG